CAAGCGGUAUCACCCUCCGAACGCUGUGCGAAGGUUGGAGGUGGCGGGUUUGAAACCCGUCGUAAACCUGCAUGUAUUCUGCGUGAUGUCCUUCUCUGAGUUGUUCUAUCUGUCCUUUAACUUGACAAAGGCUUAUAAGUCUAAAAAUGAGCACACAAGUCUGUAAAUGUAUGUAAUUCCAGUAAAGCAAUAAAAAAAAUUAAUUACAAACACUAGUGAGUCCUAACUAUUUAGUAUGCACCUUGGGUACCACCGAUUUUAAAGCUUGUUUUCGUUAAUUUCAGAAAUCAAUUAUUUUAAUUAUUUUUUUUUAGUGCUGAAUGCAAUGUUGGUAGAUAGAAAUGAUGAAUCGUUUAGCUUAUAAUUUUGAAUAUUUGGUAGCAAAAUAAAUUUUUUCAAUAAAUGUUUCUUUUGUUUGGAUAAAUUUCUGUCCAUUAAUUCAAAGUACACAAAAAAAAUGGAAAACAAUAGUCGUUUUUUCUGUUGCUGUUCUUUAAGAAAAGGACUUAUUUAUACUACACGGUUUGUUUUAAUUUUUACCAGUUUCUCAAGUGCUCUGUCUAUCAUGGCGUUUUUUCGUCUAGCUUCUGAUGGAAGUCAAGUUCGGGUACUUUAUUUCUUGAUAGCUUGUUAUUCAGUAUUAUACAGUGUCAUUUGCCGGGGACUGAUAAGAGGUGUCGAAGAGGAACGGUGCGAUAAGGUUUUAUUGUGGAUUGGAUUUACUGCUGUGACUAUAGGAUUACUAAUGACCGGAUCAUUUUACGAAUUUGCAAGUUGCUGGUCCAACUUUGAUGAGUUACCUUCAAAAACUUGGAUGCUUUCAUUUGCUACUGUUUUCUUACUCAUGGCGUUUUUGCUAAUGUAUUUUACUUGGGGUGCUAUAUUAUUCUGGACAUAUUUACAUUCUAAAGAAAAUCAAGGAGCAGUUUGAGUAUUGUUUAAUGUGAUAGUGAUGGAAUUGGGUAAUAACAGUUCUAAGUUCUCCGAAAGUUUCCCGAUAUUUUUUACGUACAUUAUCUGUAUUUUUACUCAUUCCGUUAACUUUUAAAGUUAUAUAUUUUGUUCUAAAAGUAAUUACUGACAAAAGCUAGAUGAAACUGUAUUUUAAAAUUUCUAUGAACUAUAAUGUAUUUAAAAAUUACUAGGUGUUCUUAAAUAUUAGAAUAGUUCUAAGAACAUUAGUUUUUUUUUACAUUUUACUCGAACAACUUUAUUUACUUUAACGCAAAUGUUAUGAGUUAAAAUUAAAAAUUAAUUUUGAUAUAAAAAAAGGCAUUAUUUAAUGCAUAAUUUAAAAAAAGUUAAAAUGUUUAUGUAAAUAUUAAAGAGCCAAAGCUAAUUAAAAGGUAUUUAAAUGCUGAUAACUUGUAAUAAUAAUUGGAAAAUUAAUUUCGAUUUUUAUAAAUGGUUAUAAUUAAUGCAACAUUUGAGAAAAGCUAAAUUCGUUAUAAUAGUGUCUAUGCUUUUAAUGGUAACACGACUACGGUUUAUAAUUAAAUACUAUUUUGGCCGUAAAAAUAGUCAUGUAUAAUAUAUACCAAAAACAGAAAAGGAAUAGUUCAUAUAACCAAUAUAAGAUGCAUUUUUACUUUAACUAACAUUAAUUGUUUGGUCGUUAAUGAAUUAAUUCUGAAAACUUCGUAAUAUUUUGUAAUAGGAUUGAAUAACUUAAUUUACAUAGACUUUUAUAGGAAUACUUAAUCCUUCUAUAGAAACAUUCAAUAUUAUAUAAUAGAUUACUUUUCAUUUGAUCUUCAAUAAGUUUAUAUAGAAUAUGAAGCAAUAAAGGCAAAUUGUUUCAUAAUUUCUAAAAUGAAAUGUGAAGCGUUUUUACUUGUUUAUUCUUGUAUGUAAGCUUUUAAAAUGCUUAAAAAUAAAAAUUUUGUAAUUUUA